AUGUUUGUUAUGAAUAGGUUGUCAAAAUUGAACAAUAAAAGUUUUAUAUUUAAAAAUGUAUCUACAAAACCAACUCAAGAACAUACUCAAGAAUUAGUCAAUGUUGAAAGACUAACAAAUGAUGAUAAAGGUAUUGUAGUCAUAGGUCUCAAUAGACCGUGGUCAAAAAAUGCAAUUAAUAAACAUAUGCUUGAUCAGUUACUAAAUACUUUUAAACAGUUGUACAAUGACAAUGAUACAAAAGCAGUUAUUUUUCGAAGUCUAGUAAAGGGAAUAUUUUGUGCAGGAGCCGAUUUAAAAGAACGUUUAAAAUUACCACCUUCUGAUGUCGGAAGACGUGUAUCAGAAAUACGUAAUUUAGCUAAUGUUAUAGAAAAUGUACCUGUUCCUGUUAUUGCAGCUGUUGAUGGUGCUGCAUUAGGUGGAGGUUUUGAAUUGGCUUUAAGUUGUGAUUUUAUAUUAUGUGCUUCCAAUUCCAUUUUCGGAUUAGUAGAAACUAGACUUGGCAUAAUACCCGGUGCUGGUGGCACUCAACGUUUAGCACGUGCAGUUGGUGGCUCACUAGCCAAAGAAUUGGUUUAUACUGCUAGACUUUUUAAUGCGCAGCAGGCUUUACAAUAUGGAGCUGUAAACAGAGUAAGUGAACAAAAUGAAGAGGGUACAGGAGCUUACAUGUGUGCCUUGAAAAUCGCUAGAGAAAUUAUACCUAAUGGGCCAUUUGCAGUAAAAAUGGCUAAAAAAGCGAUCAGUCAUGGACUACAAGUGGACAUAAACAAUGGCUGUGCCAUUGAAGAAUUUUGUUAUAGUCAGAUAAUUCCAACAAAAGAUAGAAUAGAAGGACUCUUGGCAUUUGUGGAAAAGCGAAAACCAAAUUAUACAGGAUCAUAA